AUGCAACAUGAAGAUGAACAACAACAACAACCGCCAUAUCAGCUCGAUAAGCAUGAUAAGCAACUACACUCCUCCCGUGGUAUAAUCAUCUCCAAUCAAACUCUGGUCCUCCAAGCCAUUUCGAAAUCAUCCCAUGGACAAUAUUUUUGUCGGGCCACAAAUAUCCAAGGCAGCGUGUCGAGUAAUGAAGUAUAUCUGGAUGUCAAAUAUCCACCUGUCUGCAAAGCCGAAUCAACAAUAAUACGAGCAGCCCUUAAACAGACCAUUAAUAUAACAUGCCAAGUGGAUGCGAAUCCUCUUGCUAAUCUAAAUUACAAAUGGCACUUCAACAAUUCACUGGAGAGUCUCAUCGAGCUACCCAACUCGUUGGGUGGAGGCGUUGCGAUGGGCCUCGCCGGCCAUCAUUCGCCACAGCAACAAAUGUUAUUACAUGGGGAUGCAAGUCACGCUUCCGCCGGAUAUUUUCAACGUAGCAAAAGGAAACACCUACAUGGCCAACAGCAUGAGGCUAAACUGGUGGCCACCCAUGGUCGUCAUGGACGCAUGGCAAUGCGUACAGUUGUCCAUCAACAGCAACAUGAACCCGCCAUCACACAUAUGGAUGCCUGGUCAAAUGUCCGUUUUGAAGAUGAUAAUGAUGACGAUCAACGAAAGCCAUCACAUCGCCAUCGGCCACACUAUCACAACGAUAAUGGUCUGGCCGUGCACGAUGAUGAUGAUGACGAGGGCACUGAAACUGAUGAUGCCAUUAAUGGAGUUUAUGGUCGCAGUACUAAUAGCGAGGAUUUACCUUACACACAAAUGGUUUAUUCCAAUAUGAUUUAUAAAAAUCACUUGGAUGGCAAACAGCAACAUUCGUUGGGAUCCGCAUCGGCAUUAGGAGGACAGCCCACACAAUAUCAAACCCUGCUGCAUCAUCAACAGCCGAUGCGCACACAGCCUUUGCAUGAAUCGGCGGCUGUGCACAGCCAACAGUAUUUGCAAAUGGCUGAGCGCAAACGUUUGGCUGCCCUACACAAACAGCAACAUCAUCGCAACCUUGCCAUGGCUGCAGCGGCCACCACAACAACCACCGCCGCCCCAGUGCCCCUGAAUAAUGUCUAUAGCUAUCACAUUGAGUCGUAUGAAAGUUUUGGAGCAAUUUCGUGUGUGGCCAGUAGUCCAAUGGGUCAGUCGCAGCCAUGUUGGUAUCAUAUACAGCCGGCAGAUCUCCCCGAUCCGGUGAAAAAUUGUUCAGCCUACAAUUUCACUGCCAAUUCCAUGCAGAUUCAGUGUAUACCCGGCUAUGAUGGUGGCAUACCACAACAUUUCCAUGUUCAGGUCUAUGAUGAGUUGAAUCGUCAGAUUCUCUAUAAUACGUCUUUUCGUAAUCCAGAAUUUACGGUGAAACGUUUGCCUAGCGAUUCGGUAUUUGUUCUAAGGAUUACGGCCAUAAAUGCCCAGGGACCAAGUAAGGUGUCCUAUCGUAUCAGAGGGAGAACACUGUCGGCACCGCUACUGAGAACAGCAUCCUCAACUGCAGUUCUGGUCCAACUAACCCCAUUACUGGGUGCCCUAGUUGGUGUCAUAGCAACACUUAUUCUCGUUGCCAUUUGUAUUGUGAUUUUUAUGAAAUUUCGCACAAAGCACAAUCGUCGUGGCCCCAGCGGCGAUACAACAACAACGGAAGCUGACAAAGGCAGCGCCGAGCCAUUGUCACGCAAUAUGGGCAGUCAUUCUAGUUUGGAGGAUAAAAAUCCCGAUGUGAUACCACAGGAAACGAAUAGUGAAGAUGAAUUCCAUUUGGAGGAGAAGGCAUUCGAUCGCUUGAAUCUAGAAUCGCAGCGUAUUAUUUAUACGCCAACGUCGAGAAUGAAUGCGGCAUCGCCGCCACCACCCUCGCUGUCGCCCACCUUUGGCAAACAGGUAAGCAAACAAUAUUUUUUUUGCUAUGUUUCUGUUUUCAG